AUGGAUUACAUAUUGCCUACACCAACAACAAGUUCGUCUUCUUCCGGUCUGCCUAGCUCGAUUAUUUUCCAUGGAAACUCAAAUCCUGAAGGGCCGUCAUCGUCGCUCAUCUCUGCACUUCUCCUUAACAUCGCUAAUGAGGCUGCUACUCGUCAGUUACGCACUGUCUUUAUUCGCAAAGAAGCAAUUUUGAAGUGUGAUUUCGUUCAUAUACAUGGAUGUAGUAGACUAGACACUUCGAAUUGGGACGAUAUUCAUUUUGUCUACCUACCAUCUGAAGAUGCAUUGAUUCGUUGGUUAUCGAGCGUUCAUAUGCAGCAAAGAUUUGCUGAUCUUAUUAUUGUUGAAGCAUUGGAUCAAUUAGUAAAAAAUAACAAGGAUUCUUCCUAUAUCAUUCGAUUAACUAAUCUCUUAGAAGAUACACGACAGUUUAUUCAUAAUACUGUAAAAGAUACUGAACAUGGUCAUAAUUGUGGACUGAUCGUUUCUACUGCUAUAAAUAAUUCCAGUGAACUGAAAAAGAUAAAUUUAGCCUCGCCUACACAUGAAUUAUUUCCAGCGCACGCUUUAGCUCGAACAUAUUUACUUCAUGAAGAAAACGAGGAUAACUGUUUCCAACUUUAUUCGAUUGAGGAUAACUGGCGGUUGAAUAUUAAGAAAAAGUAUGAUGAAGUAUUUUGGAUAGCGGAUGAUUAA